CAGGCGGGGCGGCGGCCGCUGCUCCUCUGCCUGCUGUUUGUGUGACUCGGUGGCCGGAGGGGGAGAGCCGCCCCCUCCGUCCCGCUUCCCACUCCGCUCCCCCGGCUCGGGCUGUUUGUGUGAGAGACACCCACCCCUCCUUCGUUCCCUCCCUCCGGCCGCCUCCUCCCCUUUCCCCAGAGCCGGAGGAGGCCGGAGCGGGCGCGGUGCGGCUGCUGCUGUGUCUCUGGGGCUCUCUCGGCUCGGCCCGGCCCGGCCCGGCCGCGCCGCUGCUACGGACAGAGGAAUCCCCCCAGCGGGAAGGUGGUGCAGCCAUGAGCGGCGGGGAGGUGGUUUGCUCGGGCUGGCUCCGAAAGUCCCCGCCGGAGAAGAAGUUGAAGCGAUACGCAUGGAAGAGGAGGUGGUUUGUGCUUCGCAGUGGCCGUCUAACAGGAGAUCCAGAUGUGUUGGAGUACUACAAAAAUGACCAUGCCAAAAAACCUAUUCGUAUUAUUGACUUAAACUUGUGUCAACAAGUGGAUGCGGGAUUGACAUUUAACAAAAAAGAGUUCGAAAACAGUUAUAUUUUUGAUAUCAACACUAUCGACAGAGUUUUCUACUUGGUGGCAGAUAGCGAGGAGGAGAUGAAUAAGUGGGUUCGCUGUAUUUGCGACAUCUGUGGGUUCAACCCUACAGAAGAAGAUGCUGUGAAGCCACUUGGCAGUUCUUUACAAGCAUCUGCUGAAUUACCAUUAGCAGUCAACACUUCACCACCAUCUGUACAAGCAGAAUCAUCCCUACCUCCUCCAUAUCAACUAAUUAACAUCCCACCUCUGGAGUCCUCAUCUAGCCAAGAAGAUCCUCAGGAUUACCUAUUGCUAAUAAAUUGUCAAAGCAAGAAGCCUGAACCUACGAGCCCAGGGUCAUCCUUUGUCUCUGAAGAAGGGAAAGAAUACCUACUACUGGAGGAUUUUGAAAGUAAAAAGAUUCCACUUCAAUUGCAUGCUGACUCAGCAAAGUCCAUCUCUUCUGAAACAGACUGCAAUGAUAAUGUACCCUCCCAUAAAAAUUCUGCUCCAUCAUUGAGCAAGCAUGCAGUGAAUGGCUUUUUUCAGCAACAAAGUACCUAUGACUCUCCGCCACCUCGAGCAGCAUCAGUGUCCGUAGACUGCAGCCUUUAUAACCUGCCUAGGAGUUAUUCACAGGAUGGUUUACCAAAGGCAACAUCUCCAUCUGGGACUGAUACAGAAGGAGAGCAACAUGUUUUCAAUACCCCUUCUGCUACAUCUUCAUUAGAUACACAAAUGAGGCAUUUCUCCAUUAGUUAUGACAUUCCCCCAACACCAGGAGGUGCUUAUCAGAUUCCACGAACUUUUCCAGAAGGAACUUCGAAGCUAGAGACUAUUCCAGAUAUUCCUCCACCUCGGCCACCAAAACCACAUCACACUUCGGAUCGAUCUCCCGUGGAAACCUGUAGCAUUACUCGUACUGCCUCAGACACUGAUAGUAGUUAUUGCAUCCCUACAGCAGGAUUGCCACCAUCACGCAGUAAUACCAUUUCCACUGUAGAUUUGAAUAUAUUUCGUAAAGAUAUUAGUUCUCAAGACUGCUAUGAUAUUCCACGAUCAUUUCCAAAUGACAGAGCUAGCUCACUGGAAGGCUUUAAAAACAGAAGCAUGUUCACAGUGGGAAGUGUUUCAAGUGAAGAACUGGAUGAAAACUAUGUCCCAAUGAAUCCUAACUCUCCACCACGGCAGCAUUCCAGCAGCUUUACUGAACCCAUCCAAGAGACAAACUAUGUACCUAUGACACCAGGCACAUUUGAUUUUUCGUUAUUUGGAAUGCAAGUCCCUCCACCCGCCCACAUGGGAUUCAGGUCCAGUCCAAAGACCCCUCCCAGAAGGCCAGUACCUGUUGCAGAAUGUGAACCACCACCAGUGGAUCGGAACCUCAAACCUGACAGAAAAGGUCAAAGUCCUAAAAUUUUAAGACCUAAACCACAUGGUUUAGAGCGAACUGAUUCACAAACCAUAGGUGACUUUGCUACAAGAAGAAAGGCAAAACCAGCUCCACUAGAAAUAAAACCUCUGCCAGAAUGGGAAGAAUUGCAAGCCCCAGUUAGAUCUCCUAUCACCCGAAGUUUUGCACGAGACUCCUCCAGGUUUCCUAUGUCUCCCAGACCGGAUUCAGUUCAUAGCACAACUUCCAGCAGUGACUCACACGACAGUGAAGAGAAUUAUGUACCCAUGAAUCCAAAUCAGUCCACUGAAGACUCAAUUUUGUUCGGCAGCAACAGUCUUGAUGGAGGAAGUAGCCCUAGGAUAAAACCCAAAGGAGAUAAACAAGUCGAAUACUUAGAUCUGGAUCUAGAUUCUGGGAAAUCUACUCCACCUCGUAAGAAAAAAAGCAGUGGUUCAGGGAGCAGUGUGGCAGAUGAAAGAGUGGAUUAUGUUGUGGUUGACCAACAGAAAACACUAGCACUGAAGAGCACGCGAGAAGCAUGGACUGAUGGGAGGCAGUCUACAGAAUCUGAAACCCCAACUAAAAGUGUAAAAUGAAAAUUCUACUAUUCCUCAAAGAACAAAAGAAGUAUCAUUUAUCCCAAUGAAUUUUGAUGAAAUACAGAACCAUAACUGCCAUGUUGCUUGACUGAACAGUACUUGGCAAUUCACUGGUGUGUUGCUUCCAGAAUGAAUAGAUGGAAGAAUGCUUAAAAUUUAUCAAAGAAAUCUAAGUCCAAGGACGUUUUAAAUACAUCAAAGAAAUCUUAAGAUCCUAAAUUGUGCCCUGUGGUCUCUGGAUAAUUCAUCAAAUGUAAAUAAUGUGUAAAAAUAGUAUUGCUUGGCUCCCAGAAAACCUUUUGUUCUUCAUUUAACAUAUUUGUAGUAUUAAUAUGUUUAUGCACUUUUUCAGUUAAAAUGUUGGUUCAGGUAUUCCCAGUUAAUGAAUUUUAAUGACGAAUUCAUUUUGAGAAUUUUUUCUUACACUACUAUACAUUACAAUUCUAGGUUAAUUAAGCUACUUGUAGAUAUGGAAAUUAAUGUUUGAACUUCAUGUUAACAACUUAGAAAUGAUUUAGCAGAAGUAGUGUCACAGUUUAAUAAUCUACUUGAAAUGUCAAGAAAUAAACGAUAGUUACAUACUGUUUUUAUAUUUAAUACAUGCAAAGAAUAUUUGGAAGUCUACAGGUUACCUUCCUAACAAAAAUUGCUGUGAGUUAAUAAUAAUGAACUACAUUGGUUUUAGGAUCUAGCAACAUGGCUUAAACAUUAGUUAUUAGUGGUGGAAUGUCUAAUGUAUUUUAUUAAUGACAGUGUUCUGUGUUCAUUGGGUGAAGAUUCUGCAGGGUGGGAUCUUACACUUUUAAAGACUGAAUAAUUAAUUGUUGAGUAAACCUGCAAACCACUGAUGGCAUGCAGUAAUGUUGUGAUCUCACACUUAUUAACAAGUAGUAACCUUGAUAUUAUUUACAGAAGGUAGAAUAUAUAAAUAAUCAGGUACGUACCAAGCACUGUUGUGCUAAUACACUGAUCAGGUUAGACAAUGAACUUAGUUUUAUAUUUCUUAGAAGUCCUAAUGUUGGUUUUCAAUUUGAAAUUAAUGGGACAGUUUGACAUUCUCUGUUUGUAGUACUAGCACGAUACUGUGAUUUUGAAUUAGAUAGUAAUUCAAAUGGAAAUACUAUGUUUUGACACUAUAGUGCCCUUUCUACAAUCUUUAUUUUACUUAAUCUUCUGCUUUGCCUUAUAUUUAGAUCCCUAUGCAACUGAUAUUUUAUAUCUGUUUUUUAUAAAAUAGAUACUAUACCUAACGGAUCCCCUUGUUGCUUUUUCCUGGUACAGGAUUUAAAGCUUUGUGUACUGUGAUCCUUUUUGUUCACUAUCCCAGUUCCAAAUAAUACUCUGACUUGGUUUAGAACCAUAAUUUAGCUGUCAGGAAGAAAAUAGAUUUUCUUCAAGUACAUAAAUGACUUAAAUUUAUUAAUUAUGUCUGGAUUGAAAAUUUACUAACACUUUUUUUUACACAGAUACCUUUCAAUAAACUCUCUCUCUUUGUCCAGACCUUUUACAUGUUGAAUGAGUGUGUUAGUCUUGUUUUCUGUCAUGCUGGCCUUAGUACUGUGCCUAAUCUACCACAGGUUUUUUUCCAAUCUACAGUAUGUAAACUGUUUUAUUCUUAACAAGGGUUCUUUUUAAAUUAGUAAUAUUUUGAUGCUUUGAAUGUUCUUUUUUAAAAAAAAAAAAACAA